AUGAAACAGCGCCCAUCUCGCGUCACCUGCGACACCUUGGCCUACCUGGCGGAGCUCAAGCGUACCGCCAAGCCGUACUCGUACCGCUACGUGGGGGCCCUGGUGGGCGACUUCCACCGCACCCUCUGCUAUGGCGGCAUCUGGCUGUACCCCCCGGACUCCAAGGCGCCGUCUGGCAAGGCUCGGCUGCUGUAUGAGGUCGCCCCCAUGAGCCUCAUUGCUGAGCAGGCGGGGGGCCUGGCCUGCGUAGGGCCCAAGGCUGACCAACGAGUUCUCGACAUUGUGCCGAAAAAGGUCCACGAGAAGAGCCCCCUGUUUGUGGGCAGCGCCUCCGAGGUCAAGAAGCUGCAGGCUUUCCUCGCACAGCGCAAGGGGUAG